AUGAGUGAUCCUGUUGCUGAAGUAACCGAACAAGUGCAAAAGACAUACCUUGACGAUGUCACCGGUGAGCAAGUUUCCAAGACCGAGUUGAAAAAGCGUCAAAAGGCCAGAGCUAACGAAGCCAAGAAGGCCGAAAAGGCUGCCAAGGGAGCUGCCACUGCUCCAAAGGUUGGUAAGAAGAAGGACGAAUUGAACGACUUGACUCCCAACCAGUACUUUGAAAUCAGAUCUAGACAAAUUGAAGAGUUGAGAGCUGCCAACAACGAGGACUCCACCAAGUUCAACCCAUACCCUCACAAGUUUCAUGUGUCUUUGUCCUUGCCUGAGUUCACCAAGACCUACAAGGACUUGAAGAAGGGUGAAACAUUGACCGACAUCGAAGUCAAGGUCACCGGUAGAAUCAUGAGAAAGAGAGAGUCCGGAUCCAAGUUGAAGUUUUACUCCUUGAAGGGUGACGGUGUUGAAGUGCAAAUAAUGGCCCAGGCCCAAGACGUUGCCGGUGGUGUGGAAGAGUACGAAAAGAUGCACGAGUACCUCAGAAGAGGUGAUGUCAUUGGUAUCACCGGUUACCCAGGUAGAACCAGCCCAGCCAAGGGUGGAGAAGGUGAAGUGUCUGUGUUUGCUACUUCUGUGCAAUUGUUGACCCCAUGUUUGCACAUGUUACCAACAGAACACUACGGUUUCAAGGACCAAGAAGCCAGAUACAGAAAGCGUUACUUGGAUCUUAUCAUGAACGAGCUGACCAGAGACCGUUUCAAGGUCAGAUCGAAGAUCAUCAGUUACAUCCGUAGGUUUUUGGACACCAGAGACUUCGUUGAGGUGGAAACUCCAAUGAUGAACGUCAUUGCUGGAGGUGCCACUGCCAAGCCAUUCAUCACCCACCAUAACGACUUGGACAUGGACAUGUACAUGAGAAUUGCUCCAGAAUUGUUCUUGAAGGAAUUGGUUGUUGGUGGUAUGGACAGAGUCUACGAGAUCGGAAGACAGUUCAGAAACGAAGGUAUUGACAUGACCCACAACCCAGAAUUCACCACCUGUGAGUUCUAUCAAGCGUACGCUGAUGUCUACGACUUGAUGGACACCACUGAAUUGUUGUUCUCUGAAAUGGUCAAGGAAAUCACCGGUUCUUACAAGAUACCUUACCACCCGGACGGCCCAGAAGGGAAGGAAUUAACCUUGGACUUCACCAGACCGUGGAAGAGAAUCAACAUGAUCGAAGAAUUGGAAAAGGUUUUCGAGGUCAAGUUCCCACCUGGUGAACAAUUACACACCGCUGAAACCGGUGAAUUCUUAAAGAGUAUUCUUAUCAAGCACAAGUUGGACUGCUCCCCUCCAUUGACCAACGCCAGAAUGUUGGACAAGUUGGUCGGAGAAUUGGAAGACAUGUCUAUCAACCCAACCUUCAUCUUUGGUCACCCACAAAUGAUGUCUCCAUUGGCCAAGAAGGACAGAAACCAGCCAGGGUUAUGUGAAAGAUUCGAGGUUUUCGUUGCCACCAAGGAAAUCUGUAACGCCUACACAGAAUUGAACGAUCCUUUCGACCAAAGACAGAGAUUCGAAGAGCAAGCCAGACAAAAGGACCAAGGUGAUGACGAAGCACAGAUGGUUGAUGAAACCUUCUGUAACGCCUUAGAGUACGGUUUACCACCAACCGCUGGAUGGGGUUGUGGUAUCGAUAGAUUGGCCAUGUUCUUGACCAACUCCAACACCAUUAGAGAAGUCUUGUUGUUCCCAACUUUGAAGCCAGAUUCAAAGGACAACUAG